CUUUAGUAUUUGGUGAUGCCCCAUGCUCUAGAGUGGCCCAGCCUGACUUCACAGUGGCUUCCAGAUGUAACCAGACCAGAAGGGAAAGAUUUCAGCAUUCAUCGACUUGUCCUGGGCACACACACAUCAGAUGAACAAAACUACCUUGUGAUAGCCAGUGUGCAGCUCCCUAACAACAAUGCCCAGUUUGAUGCAUCACACUAUGACAGUGAGCAAGGAGAAUUUGGAGGGUUUGGUUCAGUUAGUGGGAAAAUCGAAAUAGAAAUCAAGAUCAACCAUACAGGAGAAGUAAACAGGGCCCGUUAUAUGCCCCCAAACCCUUGCAUCAUUGCGACAAAGACUCCAUCCAGUGAUGUCCUUGCUUUUGACUAUACAAAGCAUCCUUCUAAACCAGACUCCCCUGGAGAGUGCAACCCAGACUUGCAUCUCCAUGGACAUCAGAAGGAAGGCUGUGGGCUUUCUUGGAACCUAAAUCUCAGUGGGCAUUUAGUUAGUGCUUCAGAUGACCAUACCAUCUGCCUAUGGGACAUCAGUGCUGUUCCAAAGGAAGGAAAGGUGGUGGAUGCAAAGGCCAUCUUUACAGGCCAUACUGCAGUAGUAGAAGAUGUUUCCUGGCAUCUGCUCCAUGAGUCUCUGUUUGGGUCAGUUGCUGAUGACCAGAAACUUAUGAUUUGGGAUACUCGGUCAAACAAUACUUCCAAACCAAGCCACUCAGUUGAUGCUCACACUGCUAGAGUGAACUGCCUCUCUUUCAAUCCUUAUAGUGAAUUUAUUCUUUCGACAGGAUCAGCUGACAAGACUGUUGCUUUGUGGGAUCUAAGGAAUCUGAAACUUAAGAUACAUUCCUUUGAAUCACAUAAAGAUGAGAUAUUCCAGGUUCAGUGGUCACCUCAUAAUGAGACUAUUCUGGCUUCCAGUGGUACUGAUCACAGAUUGAAUGUUUGGGAUUUAAGUAAAAUUGGAGAAUUGCAAUCUCCAGAAGAUGCAGAAGAUGGCCCACCUGAGUUGUUGUUUAUUCAUGGUGGUCACACUGCUAAGAUAUCUGAUUUUUCCUGGAAUCCCAAUGAACCUUGGGUGAUUUGUUCUGUAUCAGAAGACAAUAUCAUGCAAGUGUGGCAGAUGGCAGAGAACAUUUAUAAUGAUGAAGACCCUGAAGGAAGUGUGGAUCCAGAAGGACAAGGAUGCUAGAUAUAUCUGCACUCAUG